AUGGAGUGUCUCAGCAACCUAACUCCAUUUCCUUCGAAACCCCAGUCAAACCAACCUGUAACCGUUCAUCUACACUCUCUCCCGCCAAAUCCCCUCAACAACCAUAACUACCAGAAUUUCAGAAUCAAAGCAUCAUCACUAACACCUCCAAUCCAAUCCCAAACACCCACAAAAACCAAACAUGACCGGAAACCCUCCACUUCUCCCUCCAAAAAGCAACGACCUUUUGCAGAAGAAGAUGCAUACCCAAUGUCUAUCCCACUCCACAGGAAAAACCCACAUGCCAUUUACGAAUCCAUUCAAAGAUUAGCCAGGCAAAACAAGCUGAAAGAAGCUCUGACCAUCCUAGAUUACUUAGACAAACAAGGCGUCCCAGUUAACGCGACUACAUUCUCUUCUCUCAUCGCCACUUGUGUACGAAGAAAAGCUUUAGAUGAAGGGAGACAAAUACAUACCCAUGUUAGAAUCAAUGGGCUUGAAAAUAAUGAGUUUCUUCAAACCAAGCUUGUCCAUAUGUAUACAUCUUGUGGCUCCCCUGAAGACGCGAAAAGGGUGUUUGAUGAAAUGCCUAGUAAAAGUGUUUAUCCAUGGAACGCAUUACUUCGAGGCAAUGUGGUUUUGGGUGGAAGGCAAUAUCGUGAUAUACUGUCUACAUUUUCUGAAAUGCGGGCAUUGGGGGUUGAAUUGAAUGUGUACAGUUUCUCUUGUUUGAUCAAGAGUUUCGGGGGUGCUUCGGCUUUUUAUCAAGGUUUAAAGACACAUGGACUUCUGAUUAAAAAUGCGUUGGUGAAUAGUUCAAUUCUUAAGACUAGUUUGAUUGAUAUGUAUUCUAAAUGUGGUAAAAUUAAGCUAGCUCGUCGGGUGUUCGAGGAGAUUGAGGAAAGAGAUGUUGUGGUGUGGGGGGCGAUGAUUGCUGGUUUUGCGCACAACAGACUGGAAAGGGAAGCAUUGGAGUAUUUGAGGUGGAUGAGAAAGGAAGGGAUAGACCCAAAUUCAGUUAUACUGACUAUAAUUCUUCCCGUGAUAGGAGAAGUUUUGGCUCGAAAACUUGGCCGGGAGGUUCAUGCUUAUAUCAUCAAGACAAAGGAAUACUCGAAGCAGUUACCUAUUCAAACUGCUUUGAUUGAUAUGUAUUGCAAAUGUGGGGACAUGGGUUCAGGAAGAAAGGUUUUCUAUGGGUCGAUGGAGAGGAAUACUAUUUCUUGGACUGCUUUGAUGUCAGGAUAUGUCUCAAAUGGGAGGCUUGAGCAGGCUUUGAGAUCAGUUGUUUGGAUGCAGCAGGAAGGCUUCAAGCCUGAUGCUGUCACGGUUGCCACAGUUGUUCCCGUGUGUGGACAAUUAAGGGCUUUAAAGCAAGGGAAGGAAGUUCAUGCUUAUGCUGUUAAGUGUAGUAUGUUCCCCAAUGUAUCUAUAGCUACCUCCCUAAUGAUGAUGUAUACAAAGUGUGGUGUUUUGGGAUAUUCAUCUAAGUUAUUUGAUCGUAUGGAGAGGAGGAAUGUGAUCUCGUGGACAGCCAUGAUCGAGUCAUACGCUGAAAGUGGGCAUCUGCAUGAAGCUGUUGAUGUCUUUCGCGCAAUGCAGUUGUCCAAGCACAGGCCAGACUCAGUUGCUAUGUCAAGUGUGUUGAGGGUUUGCGGUGAACUUAAAGAUUUGAAGAUUGGGAAGGAGAUUCAUGGACAGGUCUUGAAGAAGGAUUUGGAAUCCAUACCUUUUGUUUCUGCAGAAAUUGUGAAAAUGUAUGGGAUUUGUGGAGCACUUGAUAAAGCAAAGUUGGCUUUUGAAGCAAUUCCUGUCAAGGGAACAAUUACAUGGACUGCAAUUAUUGAAGCUUAUGGAUAUGGUGGCUGCCAUCAAGAAGCGAUUCAUCUUUUUAACCAGAUAGUUUCUGAAGGUUUCUCCCCAAACCAUUUUACCUUUAAGGUGGUUCUUUCCAUUUGUGAGCAAGCUGGAUUUGCAGAUGAAGCUUGCAGAAUCUUUAAUAUAAUGACUCGAAGGUAUAAAAUUAGAGCAUCCGUCGAACAUUACUCUAGCAUUAUUCAACUUCUAACUCGUUUGGGUCGCAUUAAGGAGGCUCAAGAUUUUGACCACUUGAGAUCGUCCUUGGGAUGACACAGAAAAUUGGAUCUGCUUCUUGCAUUGUAAAGGUUUGUGGAAAUCACUCGGAUAAUUGGAUCCUUUUCAAGUCAAUUUCUAUACAUAUGGCC